UCGCGGCCCCGUGCGCGGGAUGGCUGAGGCGCCCGGCUGCUCCUAGCAGGGAUCGCGGCGUGGGAAGCCGGCGGCGGGACGGGCACGUGAGCCCAGCGCUGGGGCAGGAGGCAAGUGGUGCCGGUCCGGUGGCGUCCCCGGGGGCCGGGCUGGGGGGACACCCCACACCGAGGUCUCCAGCGCCCGCUCCUCUCCGUCCCCUCCCAGCCCCAGGUCCUAUGGCAAAAUGUCGGGGAUCCCGGGAGCCGCGGUGCGGAGCAUCCGCCCCUACAAGUCGAGCGAGCAGUACCUCUACGCCAUGAAGGAGGACUUGGCCGAGUGGCUCAAGGAGCUGUACGCCCUGGACAUCGAGGUGGGCACCUUCGUGGAGGUGCUGGAGACGGGCGCCGUGCUCUGCUCCCACGCCAACAGCAUCACCCACGUGGCCGGCGAGUUCGCCCGCGCCUGCCCCGAGCUGGCCCGCCGCCUCCGCCUGCCCGCCGCCGGGGUCACCUACAACGACGCGGCCCAGCCGGGCACCUUCCAGGCCAGGGACAACGUCUCCAACUUCAUCCGGUGGUGCAGGAAGGAGAUGGACAUUAAAGAGGUGCUGAUGUUCGAGACUGAGGACCUGGUGCUGCGGAAGAACGAGAAGAACUUCGUGCUGUGCCUGCUGGAGCUGGCGCGCCGGGCGUCCCGCUUCGGCAUGAGCGCCCCGACCCUCGUGCAGAUGGAGGAGGAGAUCGAGGAGGAGCUGCGCCAGGAGCUGGACCUGCCGCCGGAGGAGCCCCCGCUGCCCCGGCCCCCGCGGAGACCCCGGGACCUCCAGAACCUGGACCAGAUGGUCCAGCGCCUGGUGAGCCGCUGCACCUGCCCCGUGCAGUUCGCCAUGCUCAAGGUGUCGGAGGGGAAAUACCGCGUGGGCGACUCCAGCACCCUCAUCUUCGUCCGGAUCCUGCGCAGCCACGUCAUGGUGCGGGUCGGCGGCGGCUGGGACACGCUGGAGCACUACCUGGACAAGCACGACCCGUGCCGCUGCACCUCGCUGUCUCACAAACAGGCCCUGAAAGCUGGAGGUGCCCAGCGGCAAGUGCAGCACGAGAUCCGCCUGUGCCCGGCGGCCGGCGGCGGCCAGCCCCAGCCCGCCCUGCUGGUGAGCCGCUCGCAGAGCCCGCUGCCCCCCGUCGCCUGGGGCUCCUACGCGCCCCCCGGCCGCAAGCCCCGCUCGCCCCCCUCGCCGGAGGCCUCGGCCAGGCCGCCGGGUCCGGGCCCCCGCCGGGAGCCGACGCCGGCGGGCGGGGAGCAGCGCCGGGCGCCCGCCCCGGGCCGGCGGGGCCGAGCGGGAGGCGCGGCGGGGGGGACCCCGGGCAGCAGCCCCCGGGGGGGGGCCCCGGGGCCGCCGCAAAGCAGCCGGCGAGGAGGGCAGCGGGCAGCGGCGGCUGCGCGGCGGCAGGAAGCGGGGCCGCAGCCCGCCCCGGGGGCCGCGCCGGGCCGGGGGAGCCCCCGGGAAGGGACCCGGGCAGCCCGGGCACGGGGGCGCUCCCCGUCGCCCCUGCAAGCCGCCAGCCGCCCGCCGAGGCCCGGCAGCAGCGCUACCCGCGCCGCCCGCCGCCCGCCGCCCCCCCCGGCCCCCCCGCGAGGCGGCGGCCGAGCCGCGGCGGGCGCCCGGCGGGACCCCGAGCCCGGGAGCUGCCCGCGCCGGGGCUGCUCGGCGGAGCCGCCCCCCGUGCGCCCGGCGCCCCCCCGCAGCCCGGAGCAGGGGAGCCCGGCCGACGGCGGGGAGCCGGGGGCGGCCGCGGAGGGAAACCACCGGCCGGGGGGGAACCGGGAAAACCACCGGCCGCAGGGGAGCCGCGGCGCGGGGCGGAGCGCGGGGGGCGAGCUGCGGCCCCGCUGCGGCCCCGCCGCGGCCGGUGGUCCCCGGCCACCAAGUCCCGCGGGGAAGAGCCCCGACGGGGCGGCCGAGCGGCGCCGGGGCUACGCCAGCGUCGUGGAGGAGCUGUCGCGGGGCCGGCGGCCCCUGCGCCCCGUGGGGGUGAGCGGCUGGCUUGCAGAAACGCCCCCCCGAGCGGCCGGGGGGGCCGGGGCGGCCCCGGAGGGGCUGGGACCCCAGGGCAGGGCCCGCUGCGAUGGGCCCGCGCGGUGCGGGGGGCCGGCCGGCGAGGUCGCGGUGCCCCCCGGCAGCCCCCGGCCGCCGGCGGCGAAGCCCCGGCGGUGCCUGCGGAAGCCGGACCGCGUGCCCUCCAUCUACAAGCUGAAGCUGCGCCCCAAGGUGCGGCCCCGGCGGGACCACCGGCCCGGCAAGCGCCCCUCGCGCAUCCCCACGCCGCUGGGGCGCCCGCCCGGGGGCCGCCGGCCGCCCCGCGCUCCCGCCCCGCCGCGGUCCGCUCCGCCCGGGGGCCGCCCCGCAGCCAAGCCCCCGCCAGCCGCCCCCGAGGACGUCGAGGAAGACGAGGAGGAGGAGGAGGAGGCCUGGGUCUGACGCUCCCACGGCACCCAGCAAGCCAUGGCGUCAGGUCUGCCCAAGGCUGGGGCACCCCGAGGGUGCUGGGCCCCAGGACUGCGGCGCAGAGCCAUGAACUCGCUCCUGGGCUCUUCGGUGCUGCAGCCCAUCCUUCGCAGUGGAUCUUUUUCCUGGACUCAUAAUUCCCCUCUUUCCUGAGCAGGCCCCCUCUCACUGAUAGGGGUGAAGAAAUCAGGCUUAAAGUUGCAAAUAGAGAGAAGGCGGCACUUCGUGGCAGGGAGGAGGAUGGCCGGGCUGCCGGAGCGAAGCAGGAGCUGCCGGCGCCUGGCACCCGGACGCAGAAACCGCUCUGUACCUCGGUUUUCCCUGUCUGUAUAAUGGAACUAACGACACGGCACCAAAACCUUAACCAA